GGAGGACCUUCGUUUGACCUCCACAUCCGGCGAUUUCAAGCGCCUGGUACUCUGUUAGACGCUAGAGGGAGACGCGAGAGGCGGGGGCGAGACCAGGUUUUUUUAUCGGAGAACCCACCGCCACCAGAUUUCUCCGGCGAGUGACACGGCACGCACAUCACCGCACCGAAAAUCAGAACCAGGGGAGAAACUAAGGGUCUUACAAGGUUUAUCAGGUGUCUAGUGAUGACAUCAUCAUCUUCUAGAUUGCUCCAUGCGGGCUACUCAUUAUUGGGGAACCUCCGUAACAACUCUGCUGGGUUCAUGAGAGCAUCACAAGAGAUUAUAUCAAAUGAUCUAUACACACAGCAAAUGAGGACAUUCAUACAAAUGAGGACCAGCCUUAAAGUGGUGGACAAUUCAGGCGCAAAGAGAGUGAUGUGCAUACAAGCUUUGAAGGGAAAGAAAGGGGCGAGGUUGGGCGACACGAUAGUUUGCUCGGUCAAGGAAGCACAGGCAGGCGGGAAAGUGAAGAAAGGAGAAGUCCAUUACGGCGUGGUUGUCCGUGCCGCAAUGCCGAGGGGCCGUUGCGACGGGAGUGAGGUCAAGUUCGACGACAACGCCGUCGUUCUUAUCAAUAAGCAAGGCGAGCCAAUCGGGACCCGCGUUAUGGGUCCGGUCCCGCAUGAGCUCAGGAGAAAGAAGCACCUCAAGAUUCUCAGCCUUGCCCAACAUAUUGUGUGAUGAAGAGAGAAAGAAGGGGAUGAUGCUCUGUCUUCUGCUGUUUGCUCUUUUAAGGUCUGUGCUGAAUGAAAACACUUGUUUCCA